CGGAGCGUUGCGUCGCGUCGCGUCGUUAUCGCGAUCGACGAUAUCGUUACAGCUGUUCUCCGCGCGAAUCGGCGGCCGGACAUCUCCGCCCGCUCGCGUGCACCGGUCUCCUCGCGAUUUGGUGUUGAAGUGCGCGACCGGUAUUGACGACGACGCGACCGGGUCAUGAGGUAGCGUGGAAGAAACCGGUGCUACUUGACCGGUGAUACUACGGUGGAGAUAUCUCGUUCAUCGAUCCUCCGAACGACGUCCGAGCUAUCGGGUGUGAGCUACCGAGAGUGCGAGAGAAUCCGCGGUCGAUUCCGAUAGGGCGAGACCGACCAUCGCUCUAGCUAGUCGAUCUCUUUGGUUUGUCAGUGGCGGUUUUAUUCAUUGUGCGGAGGUGCGUUCUUUGAUACGUGACAAGUGUUACGUCAAUGGCAACGGGGUAGUCUAGGCUACCAGCGCGCGGCCAGGAUGAUAUGAGCACGCUUGGCAGACUGAGGAUGUCCUCAAAGAGGAAGUCGCCACCAACGAAGCUAUCGGAGGGCGGGGGCGGUGCGGGUACAGUGGCAGGCGCCAACGAGGAGGAGGAGGACACUACCUCGCCGGUGGCCGGUUCCGGUGGCGAGGCAGCCGUCGUCGUCGGUGAGGAGGGUGCCGCCACCCCCGUCGACAUCGAGGAGUGCUACUCCCAUCAAAGAGGCGGCGAGUGCGAGUCAUCCGGCUGUUCAUCGCCGGCGACUACCAGCGAGCCGGAUCUACGCGACUCGCCAUCGCCCUCGUUGAAUUCCUUACGGACGGCCAAGCGGCAGAGGCUGCUGUUCCUGUCGAGCCAAGAAACCCUCGCGCCGUACCACCAUCCCCAUCAUCAUCAUCACCACCACCAUCAUCAUCAUCAUCACCACACGAACACGUCGUCAUCGUCGGGCGGUGCAUUGGAACCCGCGAGCUCCUCGGAGUGCGGCUCGCCACCCACCCUUCUCUCCGUCGAUCCUUACUAUCCUCAUCAUCCCCAUCACAAUAAUAACAACAACACCGUCACGCAGAACAAUAACAACAACAACAAUAACAACAAUAACGGCAGUGGCACUACUGCUGCGGGCAGUAAAAGAUCCAUGGACGACGUUCUCAAAAGGCUAACGUGCAAGAUGAACAGCGAAUCCCUGUCUAUCCAAGAUGAUACUACCAACACCAGGCGGACGUCACCGCCACUUUCUUCCACGCCAACCGGUCACAAUGCGCAUAGUUGCAGUGGAAGCACGACCACCACCGUGGCAAAUAACGUGACACUCUCGCCUCCGGAUGCCGGUAGGAUAUCAAAUACGGAGGCGCAGGUACAGCAGGACGGCGUGGCGGCCCUUCAUAGGGUCCUCUGCGCCGAGAGCUUCGCCGAAAAGGAACGUCGACUGUCGGAGAUGAUACUGCAGCUGCAAUUGAUAAGGGAGCAAUUGCUGCAACAGCAGGAUCAGUCGAAGUCAUAUCCCACUCACAUGACGGUCGACUCGCAGAAGCAAAUCGAGAUGCAGCGGCUGCAAACGGAGCACUUGAAGCGGCAGCAAGAGCACAUCAUGCAGCACAACAUCCAGGAGUUGCAAGCUCAGAUGACAAAGAGCCAGCUGAGCAUGUCGGGGCCACAGUCGUUGAUGUUUCUGCCGUUUCUCGAGCAGCUCAGAGGGCUUCCCGUGCAGUCGCCCAUGCCUCCGCCGCCGACCACGUCAACUGCCACCACCGGCAACAAGCACAUCAACUCUAUUGCUAAUAUGAUCAGCAGUCAUCGGGAAGGCCCGAGCUGGGCGACCGCGCAUCUCGCGCAAAUGACCACGCAGAUGGAGAAGGAAUCGUCGUCGCCGGCGCCGAUCUCAUCCGCGGUAGCGCCGACGGCACCGCCUCUUCAGGAUCUCGACGCUCCGCUGAACCUUACCAAGCCGAAGUCGACGUCGUCGGGCGCCACGGCGUCCUCUUCGUCGCCCGGUAGCGACUCGCACUCGACCGGCGCCGGAAGUAGUGGCCAGCAGGAACAACCGUUGGCGGCAACCGCGCCCAAACUUUUCCCGCCAGGACUGCCGUUACCGCGAAAUUACCUGCCGACGCUUCCCUACGCCGGUCUGCCGCCGCAUCUCAGCACUUUGUCUUCGCCGAUGGGCAAGGUAAUGGCCAAAGACGAGGCCGGUGGACCGGGAGGAUCCGUGGCGGCCGCUGCGGUCGCGGCCGUGGAAAAGCACUUCGCGAUGCACGGCCUGUACGGAUUGCCAUCGAACGCAGGUGGGAUGCCACCGUCGGCCCAGACUCAAAGACCGAUCAAGCAUUCUGGCUCUCGGGAGGAGACGCCUCAGGAGGAGCAGGAUUUUCUCUCGACGCCUCACAUGUGGCGAGAUCCGGGAUAUAAAGUAGCGGAAGACAUAACGGAAAAAGCUAAAAUGGUGAGGCAGCAGAAAAGGGAGGGUGAGAACAAGCCACAUAUCAAGCGACCUAUGAACGCGUUCAUGGUGUGGGCCAAGGACGAACGUAGAAAGAUCUUGAAAGCCUGUCCAGACAUGCAUAAUUCGAACAUAUCGAAAAUUCUCGGUGCCCGGUGGAAGUCAAUGUCGAACUCGGAGAAGCAGCCGUAUUACGAGGAACAGUCGCGGCUGUCGAAGCUGCACAUGGAGAAGCAUCCGGACUAUAGGUAUCGGCCGCGACCUAAGCGCACGUGCAUCGUGGAUGGCAAAAAGAUGCGCAUCUCCGAGUAUAAGUCGCUGAUGCGGCAGCGGCGGCAGGAGAUGCGGCAAUUGUGGUGCCGCGACGGCGGCAGCGAGAUGAACUUCUUGUCGCCGGUGAGCGCCGAUCUGACUGGCUCGCAGCAUCACCCGGGCACGGGCGCCGGUCCGUCGGCGCGGCCGUCGGUCUCGCCGCCGGCGACGAUGCUGAACGGCGGUGGCGGUGGCGCCGGCCCGAGCUCGGAUCAUCCCUCGUUCUAUUAUCCGCAGGACAGCCUCUCGCCCACGGACAUGAUGAACUUCUCGCCCGAGAAUUCCGGCUCGAUCGGCGGCUACGACGCGAGUCCGCGACAUCACGACGAGGAUUGAACCGCAGCUCCGGGUCAGCCACUUUGGCCGCCCGGAGCAUCAUCAUCAUCAUCGUCGUCGGCAGUGGCAGCGGCGGCGGCGGCUGCGGCGACUGCGGCGGCCGCAUCCACGUCGAGGCUCGCUUACGAACUCUUCUGGUAAUCGAAAUCGUCCGUCUUGUCGUGUGACGACGAUGACGACGAUGACGUGUCCUAAGUCACAGUCGCGGCGCGAGCCGCAUACGCGCGAACGCAGGAACAUACUUGUGAGUCGCGCGCUUCUGCACGACGGAAAGAACUGGAAGAAGACACUACUUCUCGGGGGAAGAAGAGUCGGGCGUCUCGAAACCUCUCGCCGGAGGUUGUGAUAUAAUGUUCUAUCUCUGUGCCAUCGUACGCGAAACGCGAAGGACCUAUCCGCAAAGUAAAAGCUCAAGAGCGUCUCCGUUGUGACGUUGCUCGAUUGUCGAUCUUUCUUAUUUUUCUAUAAAUGCCGAUAUUUUUUCAAUAGAGAUCUUUUAUUAUCAUUUAAUCCAUUUAAUUUGUAUUGAAUAUUUAUACGGACCUCGAUACGACAUUUUAUAAACGGAUACAAGCUUGUAUUAAUUGUUGUACUGAGAAUUCAGUAUAUUUAAAUUUAUCGGAUAUUUUAAUAAUAAAAAUACCUGAUAUCCA